AGCAGUUGAAAUCUGAACAAAUCGGAGCUUGUCUUGCCUGGUGGAGCAAUUUUCCCGCUUGGAACUUGAACUUGGAGUUGAAUAUUCCGGACCUUGAUCAUGGCGAUGGAACGGAUCUUCAGUGGAUACAUCAAGGCACAUGGAUACGCAAUCGCAGUGGCGGCCCUCACGUUCGGCUGCAUCUUUGCUGUGGAAGUGGCCCACGUGGACAAUUUUCACCAGAUCAGCAGAACGCUGGACGACGACGACGGUGACGGUAGUAGCGGCGAUGAUUGGAUAAGUGGCGGCCACCAGCAUCAGCAGCAUCAUGCUGAGACAUACUUCCGAAUGCGGCCCCUGGGACAGUUGGUCUUCUCGCUGGUGUGGGUGCUGGCGGGAACGAUUUUUCUGGUGGGGCUGCUGUUCGAGAAGAAGAAGACAAUCCUACCGUUUGCCACCGUGUUUGCCAUCGAUUGGAGCGUCAUUCUGAUCCAGCAUCUUACCAAGCUGGAACGGCGGAGCUUCCUGGAGCUGGUGCUAUCGACUGACACUGCAGUAUUAGUUGUAAUCCUGGUGUACGUGGGCUUCACGUUGGCCGUCCUGUACCGGUUAUUUGAGCAGCGUGCCAAAGAACGGGCCCAGAUGGACGAAGACGACAUGGAAAAUGGUCGGAAACCGGUCAAAUUCACCCUCGGAGAGGAGUUUGACGAUUCUUGGAUCAGCUAGGAUUUCAGAGCAUCCAAUUAAUCGAGCCAAGAAUGUUAGAUAAUUUAGACCUAGCUACUAGUAUUAACCCUGUGCCAUUGUUUGUAAAUAAUUUCCUUCGU